UCGAAUACUUCUAUGUGGUAAAGUGGGUCUUAUGGUCAGAAAAUACGGUAAUUAUUGGUGCGUUGUGCAACCUUAGCAAACAGUUCUAGUUGCAUAUAAAGAUUAUGCAUAUGGAGUAAUUACUGGUUUUAGUAGAUAGCAGAAAAAUGAAAUGCAAGAUUGGCAACGACCAAAAAAAUAUAUAAUUGUUGUGCGUCACUGUCUAUGCUAAUCAAUGGAUUCAUCCGUGAUAAGGUUGCGCUUCUGAUAAGCGUACAACCAAGGAUCUAGUGGAAAUUACCAAAACGGAAAGGUCACACGUAAUGGAAUUCCGUUUUACCACCACCUACGAACUGGCAAUAGCUGUGGAGUGAGUAAGCACGUAAGUUCUAACGAAACGAAGGCAGUCCCAAUCGUCCCAAUCAGUCCCAAUGCCAGUCAGUUGAGUUGAGUUAGUUUAUCUCGAGUUGCCCCGAAGUGCGCGUCGUCGGACGGCCAUCAGAAUCCACACACUCUCUCACACACAAAGGCUGACGCUGACGUCACAAUGGCGUUAACCAUAUGAUUGGAAUUCACAAAUUGAAGAGAGAAUUUAACAAACAGAACAAUCCUGUGUCCGCCAAUUGCGCACCGUUCACUCAUGUUUUUGUUUGCUCCUAUUAAGUCUCGUGCCAAUGUGACAGUGACGUGAUAUUUAUGAAAUUCAGUUUUAUACCAAAAUAGCCCUUGUUUUUGUUUAGUUUAGUUUACCUUUUACAUUAAUUUUAGUAGCGUUUAGAUUACUUUGAUGUUAAUGUAAAACACUAAGUUCAAGUUUGAGUUUGGUUUCAAGAGCAUCGAUCAAAGCAAUGGGACUUUUAUUCUCAAAGUUGUGGAGCCUCUUCGGCAAUGAAGAGCACAAGAUUGUUAUUGUCGGCUUGGACAAUGCUGGCAAGACAACUAUACUGUACCAGUUUUUAAUGAAUGAAGUUGUGCACACCAGUCCCACCAUUGGAUCAAAUGUUGAGGAGGUUGUUUGGAGGAACAUUCAUUUUAUUAUGUGGGAUCUGGGUGGACAGCAGUCCUUACGAGCAGCUUGGAGUACUUAUUACACAAAUACAGAG